AGAUCGUUUUUUCUCGAUGAUGCAAGAGGCGGAAGUGAAAUCUUGACACAUGUCAACAGAAGAUUUGUACUUUCAGUUUAGAAAUAACUGAUGCAUAUCUGGGAUACUGAAUAAGUAAAAUAAUCAAAAUGUUGAUUGUUGGGACAAUAUUCCUGAUGCUGCCUCCGACUGUCUUUGCUCUGUACGUCCUGCUAAAUUAUUUUGUUGCAGGGAAGAGAAGUGUUUGCAUUGUUGUUUUGGGUGAUAUUGGAAGGAGCCCCAGGAUGCAGUAUCAUGCAAUGUCAUUUCUCAAAUGUGGUUUUGAUGUAGACAUUGUUGGAUAUGGAGGGUCAGAGAUUCAGGCAGACUUGAAGAAUAACAAAAAUGUGGAUGUUCAUCAGUUGCAGGAAGUACCAGGAAUUUUUAAAGGCUUUCCAAAACUCUUGCUGUAUGUGAUCAAAGUAAUUUGGCAAUCUGUAACACUUGGAAUAUCCUUGCUGUUGUUGCCGAAGUCUGGAAACAUACUUAUACAGAAUCCUCCAUGCAUUCCAACAUUCCUGGUUGUGUGGAUAGUUUGCUGGCUGAGAGGAAGCAAGAUGGUGGUUGACUGGCACAACUACGGCUAUACCAUAAUGGGUUUGUCGCUAGGUUACAGAAAUCCACUUGUCAGGUUGGCUAAGUGGUAUGAGCAUUUCUUCGGAAAGUUCUCAUCAGAAAAUGUUUGUGUAACCAAGGCAAUGCAGAAAGACCUUCAAGACAAUUGGGGAAUAAGAGCAACAGUAAUGUAUGACAGACCAGCACACAUUUUCAAGGAGACCCCACUAAACGAUCGGCACAAACUGUUUUUGAGAUUAGCAGAAGAAUACUCUGUAUUCAGACCAAAGAGUGGGACAGUAUGUCAGGAUGAAACAGCGUUCACAGUUUCUAAUGGUAACGGGGAUGCCUUUUAUCUACAGAGUCGCCCAGCCCUUGUCAUCAGUAGUACAAGCUGGACAGAGGAUGAAGACUUUGGUGUUUUGUUAGCAGCCCUCGAAGAGUACGAAAAGCAAGUUUCAACUAAAACUACAGAUAUACCUGACAUUGUCUGUGUUAUAACAGGAAAGGGGCCAUUGAAGGAGUUUUAUCAAAAGAAGAUAGAAUCUCAGCAGUGGAGCCAUGUAUCAUUCUGCCUACCUUGGCUUUCACCCGAGGAUUAUCCAUUGCUGUUAGGAAGUGCAGAUCUGGGUAUAUGUCUUCAUAAAUCAUCAAGUGGCCUUGAUCUCCCAAUGAAGGUGGUUGACAUGUUUGGUUGUUGUUUACCUGUUUGUGCCAUAGACUUUAACUGUUUAGGUGAGCUAGUCAAACAUGAAGAAAAUGGCCUAAUAUUCAACGAUAGCCAAGGCUUAAAUAAAAGUAUACAUAUGUUACUACAGGGAUUUCCCAAUAACAGCAAGAAGCUUGACCAAUUUAGAAAGAAUUUGACUGGUUUUCAGACUACAAGAUGGCAUGACUGUUGGGUCAAAACAGUUCUACCAAUUUUUGAGGACCAGUCUAGUCAAACUGCAGACAACAAGAAAUCUCAGUGACAAUUCUCUUAGUGAUGUACAUUUUGAUCUGUGAUUUUUACUUAUUUAUUUUUGUGCUAUUUUUAAAGAAACGUAUCUGUUUUUGAAACAGCGAUAACUAAAUGAGCUGCACCAUGAGAAAACCAACAUAGUGCAUUUGCGACCAGCAUGGAUCCAGACCAGCCUGUGCAUUCACACAGUCUGAUCAGGAUCCAUGCUAUUCAUGAAUGUUUUCUCUAAUUGCAAAAGGCUUUGAAAGCGAACAGCAUGGAUCCUGACCAGACUGCACGGAUGCACAGGCUGGUCUGGAUCCAUGCUGGUCGCAAAUACACUAUGUUGGUUUUCUCAAUGUGCGGCUCAAAUACAAGGUGCACUAUGAGUUCAAACUAUUCUAUACAAAAUGGCAUAAAAGCAACUCAAAGACAGAAAUCUGUAAUACUCUGAUAUAUAAAUACAAAGAUUCUUCUAAGAUGUAUUUAUGGUGGUGGUAGAAAUUGAGAUGAACCGAAACAAGUACAACUGUCUUGCAGAAAUAAACGUCAACAGAUUUAUUAAAUUGUAUUUUAUACAAAAAAAA